AUGGGCUAUAAGAUUACCAAUAUUUAUGUUAUCACCACGGUGGCCGUCAUCGGCGGUGCCUUGUUUGGUUUUGAUAUUGCUUCCAUGUCUGCCAUCCUCGGCACUCAGCAAUACAAAUGCUUUUUCAAUCAAACUGGUAUAAAGGACGGCAACUGCGGUGGCCCGACAUCUGCCAACCAGGGUGGUAUUUCAGCUGCAAUGCCGGGUGGAUCCUGGGUGGGAGCCCUUAUGUCAGGAUUCAUCACUGACUGGCUGGGUCGCCGUGGUGCAAUCCAAUCGGGUUCGAUAAUCUGGUGCAUUGGCAGUGCCAUUGUCUGUUCCUCCUUUGGCAUCGCCCAGCUUGUCGUCGGUCGUUUUAUCAACGGAAUCUCUGUCGGCAUUCUGAGUGCUCAGGUACCAGUCUAUGUAGCCGAGUUGGCUCAACCCAGUAAGCGUGGCCAAGUGGUCGGCGCGCAGCAAUGGGCGAUCACUUGGGGUAUUUUGAUUAUGUUCUACGUAUCCUAUGGCUGCAGCUUUCUCAAGGGACCUGCCGCUUGGCGAACUCCAUGGGGUUUGCAGAUGAUUCCCGCGGCUUUGCUAUUUUUCAUGGUGUUCCUCUUGCCAGAGAGCCCCCGUUGGCUAGCCAAAAAGGAUCGCUGGGAGGAAGCCCAUGAAGUCCUAGCUGGGGUCCACGCCAAAGGAGAUCGCAACGCCCCCUUUGUCCUGACCGAGCUGCAGGAGAUUCGUGAAAUGGUUGAGUUUGAGCGUCACAACAAGGAUGCUUCAUACCUAGAUCUUUUCAGGGGGAACAUGAUUUACCGAACCCAUCUUGGAAUAUUCACGCAGAUUUGGUCGCAGUUGACUGGCAUGAAUGUGAUGAUGCUCUAUAUUACCUAUGUAUUUGGCAUGGCUGGCCUGACUGGAAAUUCCAAUCUCAUCGCAUCCUCGAUCCAGUACGUGAUCAACGUCGUUAUGACCAUUCUGGCGUUAGUUUUCAUCGAUCGUUGGGGCCGCCGCACGCCACUUCUGGUCGGCUCGACCCUCAUGAUGAUCUGGAUGUUUGCCAACGCUGGCAUUAUGGCAUCUUAUGGCAAACCGGCUCCGCCUGGCGGUCUUCACAAUGUCGCAGAGCAAUCAUGGGAUCUCAGUGGCUCACCCAAAGCUGCAAAGGCAGUCAUUGCCUGUACCUACCUUUUCGUCGCCAGCUUUGCGCCAACAUGGGGUCCUGUCAGCUGGAUCUACCCCCCUGAGUUAUACCCUUUACGUCUCCGUGGCAAGGCUGUGGCGUUAUCGACAUCUUCCAACUGGAUCUUCAACUUCGCCCUUUCCUAUUUUGUCCCUCCUGCCUUUGAAAACAUUCAAUGGAAGGUAUAUCUGGUCUUUGGUGUCUUCUGCUUUGCUAUGACGGUUCAUGUCUUCUUUGCAUUCCCUGAGACUGCCGGAAAGACACUCGAGGAUGUGGAAACUAUGUUCACAACUCCUGGCCUUAGACCCUGGAAGACUACCGUGCAGUUCCACCAUGUUAGGAAGCUUGAACAAGGAACCAUUCAGUCAGAAAAGCUCGCUGAUAUUCAUGCCGAACAAGGGGAUAUCCAGGCUCCUAGGUCUGUGGCAAAAGAGACUUCCAUCUCUCACGUUGAAUAG